AUGGCCGGCACAAAAAAGGAUGUCGCUAAAGGCGACAACCUAGCAGUCCCAACAGCAAGUGGCGAGUCAGAGUCAAAGGCACCAACAAUAGCAGAGAGCGAGGGAUACAACAACAACAACAACAACAACAACGAAGUCCUCUCGGACACAGAUGGCGGACGGACUAUCGACUCGACAGACCCAGAGAAGCAACAGGCGAAUGAGUUGACCCAGAAGAAUUCCAAUACCACACAAAAGAGUCACGCGACUACGGUACGGGAGGAUGGAGUAGAAUACCCAACUGGCCUGAAGCUGGGCAUGAUUACCAUGGCGUUAUGUUUGGCUGUCUUCUUGAUGGCUCUCGAUAACUCUAUCAUCGCGACGGCCAUUCCCAAGAUCACGGAUCAGUUCCACAGUUUGCCGGAUGUUGGUUGGUAUGGGAGUGCCUACCUCCUUACCACCGCCGCGCUCCAACUCCUCUUCGGGCGCUUCUACACCUUCUUCUCUCUAAAAUGGGUCUUCCUCAUCGCCAUCUUCAUCUUCGAGGUCGGCUCCCUGAUCUGCGGCGUAGCCAACAACUCUACCACGCUAAUCAUUGGUCGUGCCAUCGCCGGCAUCGGUUCCGCCGGUAUCUUCUCCGGCGCCCUGAUCAUUCUCGCCUAUGCCGUGCCCCUCGAAAAGCGGCCCAUAUACACCGGCUUCAUCGGCUCCAUGUACGGCAUCGCAUCCGUCUCCGGCCCGCUCCUCGGUGGCGCCUUCACAGAUCAAGUUACCUGGCGCUGGUGCUUUUACAUCAACCUGCCCAUCGGCGCCGUCACCAUGGUCGUCAUCGGUUUCUUCUUCCCCGACCCGCAGCGCGAGAGACCCACCGAAGUAACCUGGGCCAAAACCAUCAUGCAGUUCGACCCUACGGCACAGCGCUGGCGCAUCAUCUUCCUCUUUGUCCUCUUCGGCGUCUUGAUUACCGCCUUCAUCUUUAUCCAGUUCAAGAUGCAAGACGAAGGCACCGUGCCUCCGCGGAUCAUCAAGAAACGCUCCGUCUGGGCCGCCACCAUUUUCUCCUUCUCCUUGGGCGCCGCCUUCAUGGGCUCGGUUUACUACCUCCCCAUCUGGUUCCAGGCCGUCAAGGGCGCCACCGCCGUAAAAUCAGGAAUCAUGAACCUCCCCAUGCUUCUUUCCACCGUGAUCCUGUCGGUAGUAGCAGGCGGUCUCGUCUCCACCCUAGGCUACUACACUCCCUUCAUGAUCCUCUGCUCCGUCAUCUCCAGCAUUGGCUACGGCCUUUUGACAACCUUCCAACCCGACACCGCAUCCGGUAAAUGGAUCGGCUACCAGAUCCUCGUCGGCGCCGGGCUAGGCAUGGGUCUCCAACAGAGUCUAAUGGCCGUGCAAACCGUCCUGGAAAUAAAAGACGUCUCCAUCGGCACCGCGCUGAUGGUGUUCAUGCAGACCCUCGGCGGCGCGCUCUUUGUGAGUAUCGCGCAGAACGUGUUUGCCAAUAAGCUGGUGCAGUACGUCGGCGAGCUGGCGCCGGGGUUUGGGAACGCCAAGGAUAUCCUGCUGCUGGGCGCGACGAGCGUGCAGAAGACGGUGGAUAAGAGUAUCCUGCCCGGAGUCACGCUGGCGUAUAAUAAUGCCCUGACGGACGUGUUUAUGGUGUUUGUGGCGAUGGCGGUGGUGAGUAUCUUUGGGGCGCUGUUGGUGGAGUGGAAGAGUGUUAAGGGGAAGAAUGUUGAGGUUGGGUUGGCGUGA